AUUUAAAAAAUGACCACACCAAACAAGACACCUCCUGGUGCUGACCCUAAGCAAUUGGAAAGGACUGGAACAGUACGGAAAAUUGGGUCACAAGCUGUUUGGUCACUCUCAUCUUGCAAACCAGGAUUUGGAGUGGAUCAAUUACAAGAUGACAAUCUUGAGACUUAUUGGCAAUCAGAUGGCUCCCAGCCUCAUUUAGUAAACAUCCAAUUCAGAAGAAAAACAACAGUAAAGACAUUAUGUAUUUAUGCAGACUACAAAUCUGAUGAAAGCUAUACUCCAAGCAAGAUUUCAGUCAGAGUAGGAAAUAAUUUUCACAAUCUUCAAGAAAUUCGGCAACUUGAAUUGGUGGAACCAAGUGGCUGGAUUCAUGUACUCUUAACUGGUAAUCAUAAGAAGCCAACUCGCACAUUCAUGAUACAGAUUGCUGUUCUAGCCAAUCAUCAAAAUGGAAGAGACACCCACAUGAGACAAAUUAAAAUAUACACACCAGUAGAAGAGAGCUCCAUUGGUAAAUUUCCUAGAUGUACAACUAUCGAUUUCAUGAUGUAUUGUUCAAUAAGGUGACCUUAACACAGGACAAAAGUCAUUA